UAGAGGAAGAGAAGGACUGGUCCGCACACAAACAUCGCUAUGUCCUGCUCGGGUGACCUGCCCGAUUACCCCGUGGAUUCAGAUUUGGUGAGGAGAUUAAAGACUGCCCUGGACGCCAAGGAUGAGGGGACACUGAGGGAGCUGAUCUGCACGGAGGUGGAGCCGGUGGACGCGGCGAUCGAGCUGGCCAACGACGACUGGAUGAAAGACCCCGCGGCUCAGCUGCCCCCAGGCAUGCUGCUCGGAGACCUGGACCAUCUUCAGUCUCUCACGGACCAGUUCUUCCAGGAUGCCAACGUGAUGUUUGAGAUCAGUAAAGAUGAGAUGGAGUGGCAGGUGAAAUCCCCAGCGACGUUUGGGCUGUCAGGCCUCUGGACCUUGGAGUACAAGCGAGAGCUCACCACGCCCCUGUGCAUCGCUGCGGCCCAUGGCCACACCGCCUGCGUGCGACACCUGCUCGCCCGCGGUGCUCAGCCCGACGCCAGCCCCGGAGGCCGCAGCGCCCUGCACGAGGCCUGCCUCGGGGACCACACAGCCUGCGCCCUGCUGCUACUGCAGUACGGUGCCGACCCCGACCUGCCCAGCGCCGAGGGCCUGGCGCCCCUGCAUCUGUGCCGCACGACCGCCUCCCUCGGGUGCGCGCAGGCGCUGCUGGAGCACGGGGCCUCGGUGCAGCUCGCCGGCGGCGCGGGCCGGGACACGCCGCUGCACGUGGCAGCACAGCACGGCCUGGACGAGCACGCGCACCUCUAUCUAGGCCGCGGGGCGCUGGUGGACGCGAGGAACCGCCGCGGCGAGACGGCCCUGAGCUUGGCCUGCGGAGCGGCGCGGAAGCCCGACGAGCUCGCGCGCUGCCUGCGUCUGUGCGCGCUGCUCCUGCGGCGCGGCGCGGCGGCGGACGCGCGCGACGAGGACGAGCGCAGCCCGCUGCACAAGGCCUGCGGCCACGCGCACCACAGCCUGGCGCGCCUCCUGCUGCGGCACGGCGCCGACGCGGGCGCGCUAGACUACGGCGGGGCCUCGCCGCUGGCCCGCGUGCUGCAGGCGGCCCCCUGCGCGCCCCAGGCCGCGCCGCAGCUCACGGUGCAGGCGCUGCUCAACCACGGCUCCCCCACCGUGUGGCCCGACGCCUUUCCCAAGGUGCUGAGGACCUGUGCGCCGGCCCCUGGUGUCAUCGAGGUUCUUUUCAACUCCUACGCCCAGCUCCACGUGUCCGAGUCCUGGAAGGAAAUGAUUCCUGACGAAGUGUACCAGGUGCACGAGCCUUUCUACCGGUCUCUCUUCGCCUUGGCGCACACCCCACGCUCCCUGCAGCAUCUUUGCCGCUGUGCCAUUCGCAGGCUGUCCGGCAAAAGGUGCUUCCGCCUCAUCCCCCUGUUACCCUUGCCCCGGUCCCUACGAGAUUACCUACUUCUGGAGCCAGAGGGUGUUUUGCACUGAAAGCAUUUCCACCAAGGCUGCGGCCCUCAUCUUGGCCCUUCAGGGAGGCCACGUGGAGAAGAGCACUCUGCUGAGGAGGGGCACAUCUGGAUGGGCCUCCCGUGCCCUCACUCCCAUGUGGCCAGCGGAAGCACGGGCCUGCCAAGCCUGAGCUGCGCCUCAACGUGGCACUGGUAAUGAACACCUUCCUGCAUCUCAGGGCUGCUUGUGAGGAUCACACGCCAUGACUGUUGUUGCACUUGCUGUUGGAAAGUACCUUUCAACAAAAGCCGAACUAAAAGGCAUGUGUAUUUUCCAAGCCUUGUCCUGGCCCCUAAUGACUCGGCAGCACGCACACUGCCCCAGGACCUAUGGACCCUCAGCCUCAUAGGAAAGGCCUCCUACCUCUCCUGGAGCCUGGCCCUCGGAGAGGUUCUGUGCCCAGAACAUGCUGGGACCCACCUGCUGAGAGCACUCUUGCUCCCAUGACAGGGCACCUUCCUGGGGCCUGUCACUGCUCGCAAGCACUCUCCCAGGAGGACCUUCAAGGGGUGUCUAGUCAGACUUUUGGUCCCUUAGGAGUCCUCUGUCUGACACUCUCACUCAACCCCAGCUGACCCACUCUGGGAAAUAGUCUCGGAAGCCAGAUGCCUGGAAUGCACAGGUGGACAGAGGUUGCCCUUAGCUCAGCUGAGUACCGCCCAGCAGGGAGAUCUGCUCAAUAUCAAGGAAUGUUAAUUUUGUCUUCUGUUUCCUCUUUUCUGAUGCUCUGACAUCUGGGCCUUGCUGACAUGAGGGACAGCCCCUCCCAGGGCUAGUUAGUCCCUAGAGACAACAGACAACUGACCACAGAGUAUCUUUUCCCAUGCAUGCCAGUCAAGCCAGAGCACACGGCCACCUUCUUUAUUUGACUCUCUCAAGGGCCAAUGUCUUUCUGUCCUGGGGUGUCAAGUCAGACAGGACCGUGGACUAGACAACAAGGGACAGCUCCUAUGCCCAAGAGCCACCGAAGUAUUCACACUAAGCACACCUAAGCCUUGUUCCUCCCCUGCCUCCUGACCAAUGCUCAUGCUUCCCUGCAUGGCCCUGUGGAACAAUGAGCCCUCUGCUCUCGGGAACAAUGAGUGAUAAACUGCUCAGUGAUAGAUACUCAUCUCCCAAUCUGUUGGUCUUAUUUGACCUGAAGUUUUCUAUCAAUACACCUGUGUGUGUGUGUGUGUGUGUGUGUGUGUGUGUGUGUGUGUGUGUGUGAUGCUGAGGGCGGAAGCCAGGGCUUCCCGUAUGCUGGGCAGGCACUCUGCCACUGAGCUACAGCACCAGCCCAACACACUGUAUUUCAAAUCAGAACUCUUUAUGGUCUUCACAUGAGGAUAAGCAGUGGCUCCUCUUCUUUCCAGUUAGAACCAGAGCAAGAUGCCGUGAGAGGAACCUCUGAGGGGCAGGGUGGAUACUCCCACUGUCACUGUCUGGAAGCAAGUUCAGACCCCAGGACACCCUGCCAUUUAAGAUGGGAUGCUGUGUGCACCACGAGUGUGUGAAGCCCCAUACAGGAAGCGUCCACCCAUUGAGGUUGGCCAUCAUGAAGGAGGCAGACAGACUGAGCCUGGUGGAUGGUCACAUUUUGACAUACUGGACCUUGCAAGGGAGUGAUAAGACAGCAUCUUCCAGCUCCUCCAGAUGACCCAUCCCCAUCCCCAUCCCACCCUUUGAGAUGGACAAUUGAUCUAUUUUUCAAUAGGGCUACAUAAACACUGUUUCAAGACCCCUAGAGCCCCAACCCAGGCAGAUAACUCUCCCCAGCCCUCUAAGAAACUUCCAUAUGUCACCACUGGAGCCAAAGGAGAACUUGAAUUAAGGCAGUGGUGCAAGAAAGUGCAGGGUACGGUGGAUUGGCAGCCAGAAGAGAGGGUCCCCACCCUUAUCAGCUGGAAGGGAGCAGGGCUAGAGAUGGUGGGGACAGAUCAGGAGGGCUGGGCCUCUAGAGCAAGGCUUCUCAGCUUCAGUGAACAGGCACAAAGAGCCAGAGAGCAAGUGGGUAAUUGUGGUCACAAGGUGAUGCUAGAAAGAUUGCUUUGUCCUGGAAGGGGAUACAAUACACCAGACAGUGUGUAGCCCAUGGUAAGAGACUAGAGAUGGAUUCAGAGCUGGGCUCCUCCACUGAGCUGCAAGAGCAGAUGCUGAAGUGGAAUCAGCUGCAAUUUGCUCACCUAGAAGGCAGAAGUAUCUGCAGCUCUUCUAGGUUAGGAGCCCACAAGAUGAAAUGGCGUAAGGCAGGUCUUCUCCAGCCCCAGGAGAUCUUGUUGAAAUGCAGAACCUGACUGGCAGUCUGGGGUGGAGCCAGGAUUCUGCAGAUCUGCACACAUGGAUGCUUGUGAUGACACUGGGUGUCACUCCUGCUGCUGGUCCACACUGAGUGGAAAGACUGCAGAGCCACAGGCCAGAAUCCAGCCAGGAGGAGAAACUCCAUAAGGGGUUCCUUCUAUUAUUCCUUUUAUUAUUAUUAUUAUUAUUAUUAUUAUUAUUAUUAUUAUUAGAAGAAGAAGAAAACAAACUCAAUGUUGAAAUAAAGAUGAUAAAAAGUGGAAAAGAAUAACAAGGUUAUUUAUAAGACUAAAUAAUAAGGUUGAGAACAAUAAGAAACACAGCCCAGCAGCCAUGAAGGAGCUGGUGCUCCCUGGAUUCUGAACACAGCGCCGUGGAGAGUCUGCUGUGCCCUGCAGGGCAUCCCGCAGCUACCUCUCCAUCCCGCCCACCUUAGGACAUGCUUUGGCUAUGUUUCUAGAAGAAGGUUGGGGUGUAUUUCUAAAAUGCAUUAAAUUUUAAAUAUGUUUUUGAGGUAUGAUGGAGUAAAGCAGGUCUCUCCAGGCAUAUUGACUUUGUAGUCCUAAAAACCCAAUGAAUAAUAACCACUUGUUUGGCUUCUAAAACUAUAUAUUUUUUUUUUCCAAAUUAUGACUUAAGAACAGCAACAAGGGUCUCAGUCAUGAGCACAGAGGUGCCGCUGUGGAGGAAUUCCUUCUCCUUCAUUGUAUUCACCCCCACCAUUUUCUUUAAAACUCAGAGGCUCACAGGAAGAGCUCCUCAGGGGACACUCAUCACUCAUCCAUUCUGUCCUCUGUCCAUAUGCUUGUGUUUCACUUUUGUCUUAAUUUUAUUGUAAAAAAUAUGUAAUAUAAAUUCAUCUUCCUCACCAUUAUUUUUUAGUCGUAGGUGGACACAAUGCCUUUAUGUUGUUUGUUUGUGUUUAUGUGGUGCCGAGGGUGGAACCCAGUGCCUCACAUGGGCUGGGCGGGUGCUCUACCACGGAGCCCCAGCCCCCC